CGCUAUUUACCACCUCGUUCUACGCGCGGCGAGACAGACAGCCAGACAAGAGCCAAGCUAGCCGAGGCCGAGAGCGAGAACGAGAGAGGGAUGAAGUGGGGAGAGGCGCCGGCGGCGACGGUGGUGGUGGGGGAGGAGCACUGCGAGAUGGAGGACAGGGAGCUGACGGUGCGGAAGACCACGCUCUUCUCCCCGGGGGACGGGCUGGAGGCCUACGACCACCGCACGGGCGCGCUGGCCUUCCGCCUCGAGACGUACGGCCGGGGAGGCGCCUGCGGCGGGGGCGCGGCGGCCGGGGACCUGGCGCUGCUGGGCGCCGCGGGGGACCCCGUGCUCACCGUUCGCCGCCGCCGCCCCAGCCUGCACCACCGCUGGGACGGCUUCCUGGGCGACGGCGGCGCCGCGGGCGCCAAGCCGCUCUUCUCCGCGCGCCGCUCCUCCAUCCUCGGCGCCGGGGCCGGGGUCCUCGUCGACCUCCUCGCCCCCGCCCAUGCCGCCCCCGCCUCCCCCAAGGAGUUCCGCGUCGACGGGUCGUUCCCGAGGCGGUGCUGCCGCCUCGUGGCGGUGGCCUCCUCCGGCGGCGCGGGCGAGGUGGAGGAGGGGGAGGAUCAGGAGACGGUGGUGGCAGAGGUGCGCAGGAAGGUGGACGAGGGCGCGCACGUGGUGUUGGGCCGGGACGUGUUCGUGCUGUGGGUGCGCGCGGGCUUCGACGCCGCCUUCGCCAUGGGGAUCGUGCUCGUGCUCGGCCGCAUCACCGGGGACGAGCUCGACGGCGUCCUCGGCGAGGAGCUGCUCCUCGAGGCCACCUCGCCGGUGUAGCAGGCCUCGAGCUCUGUCCCUCUUUUGGCUCACGCAACGCAGGCAGGAUCGUCGCUUGCUUCGCUUGCUCUGUGAUGCGCAUCUCGCGGACUCCUGGCUGGCAUUGUUGCCUAGCAAGCAAAGCUUGGAUCGAGAUUGUAGCUUUGAGUGAACAUGGACAAGAUCUGCACUGCACUGCACUGUUUGAUUAUUACAUUAGUUUUGAUAAAUUAUAUAGUAGUACUAUCUGGAAUUAUUGAACACAGUGUUAUGGAAGUCUUCUGUACCUGCUGAAGAUUCGGAUCCACGCGAUUGGAUCCAAUAGCUCGCUCAUGACUUCUGCAAA